AUGCAUCACCCCACCCUCUGCGCUCUGGCAGUUGGUAUCCUGUCUGCGCUCCCCGGAGCCCAGGCCGGUCUAUAUACCAAAAAGUCUCCAGUCUUGCAGGUCGAUGGAAAGGAUUACGAUAGGUUGAUUGCCAAGAGCAACCAGACGACUAUCGUUGAAUUCUACGCCCCCUGGUGCGGCCACUGCCAGAACCUCAAGCCUGCCUACGAAAAAGCCGCCAAGAACCUCGAAGGGCUAGCCAAGGUCGCCGCCGUCAACUGCGAUGAUGACGCCAACAAGCCCUUCUGCGGGAGCAUGGGUGUCAAAGGGUUCCCUACCCUCAAGAUCGUCCGCCCUGGUAAGAAGGCCGGCAGCAAGCCUGUGGUGGAGGACUACCAGGGCCAGCGCACGGCCAGCGCCAUCGUCGACGCCGUGGUCUCGCGCAUCAACAACCACGUCGUGAAAGUGGAGGACAAGAACCUCGACAAUUUCCUGAGCGACAAGAACGAGACGGCCAAGGCGCUGCUCUUCACUGACAAGGGCACCACCUCGGCCUUGCUCAAGAGCGUGGCGAUUGACUUCCUCGAUGUCAUCACGGUUGGUCAGGUGCGGAACACCCAGUCCAAGGCCGUCUCAACUUUCGGUGUCGACAAGUUCCCUACUCUGAUCUUGCUGCCCGGCGGUGAUGCCCCUGGUCUCGUGUACGACGGCGAGAUCAAGAAGGCCGCCAUGGUCAAGUUCCUUUCCCAGGCGGGCCAGCCUAACCCGGAUCCAGCACCGGCCAAGGCCAAGAAUGGAGGAAAGAAGGACUCCAAGAAGACGGACUCUAGCAAGAAGGCCGCAUCCUCCUCUUCAACUAAGUCCAAGUCGUCCGAGACAUCAACAUUCUCCUCCAGCGAGACCGCCGCCCCAACGCAAGAAGCCCCCGUAAUCAUCAACACCGCCCUGCCCAUCCCCACACUCAACACCCCGGAGAAGCUAACCAAGGAAUGCCUCACCUCGAAAUCCAACACGUGCGUCCUCGCCUUUGUUUCUUCUAGCAGCGGCGACAAGUCCCAAAAGGCCCUUGCAAACCUCGCCGAACUAGCAUUCAAACACGCCCACUCCAACCGCAAGCUCUUCCCCUUUUACGAAGUGCCCCUAGCUAGCAACCCCGGCGGUUCUGCCCUUCUCGCCUCUCUCGGCCUCGAUGUCUCCUCUGAAACCUCUGAUGAUAUUCAGAUUAUCGCCAUCAACGCCCGCCGCGGCUGGUGGCGGCACUACGACUCCGUUUCUAUCUCUGACGACUUCUCAGGACACGAUAAGCUGGAGGCGUGGAUUGAUGCGAUUAGGAUGGGCGAGGGGACGAAGAAGAAGGUGCCUGAGGGUGUGGUUGUUGAUGUCUCGCAGGUCAAGGAGGAGAGUGAGAGUAAGGCAGAAAAGGCAAAGCCUGAGGAGGCUGUUGCCGAGGAGGAGACGACGCCGGAGGCUACCAAGGCUGUUCCUACUGCUGAUGGUGAGGAGGCGCCGGUUACGCCUGAGGCGAGCGAGGCGACUGCUGCGGCGGAGGGUGAAGAGGAGGAGUCAACUGCGCCGGUUGAUCCUACGCCUGAGCCGGAGACUGCGGCGGCUCAUGAUGAGCUUUAG